AUGAUGAAGGGGACCUUCUACAGGAGAGUCUGCAAAAAUUACUUUGAUCCUAUUUACAUGGAUAUUUUUAGAGACAAAAUCUUCAUUUCUCAGGACACGAGAGAUGAAGGUAAUGAGACUGAAGCCAACAGGAUGAGUAAAUUAAGAAGAACAAGAAAGAAAGUUACUAAACAACAUCUAUUUUCAACUGAAGUAGGAGAAAUGGAUAUAUCCAACUCAAAAGAAAGGAUCAGAUACCAAAUGGUGUGCCACAAGUUGGGGGAUAUCAGCAAACCAGUUGUGGGACCUGGCUCUGCAGACUCUCAUUUGCCACAAGAUGACAAGGACUCUGAGAAUCAGACAACAGUGAUGAAACCCUCCCGCCUCAAAACAUCAGCCAGUGCUCCUUGUAGCGAAUUUAACACAAACUCCAGCCAUUCUGAUGACACCAGAGAUGGCACUCAGCUUCCGACCACACCCCAUAUCUCCUCUAGAAUGAAGCACAUUAAGCAAGAGAUGGUCAAAAAUCACCUACAGUUUGUGCGAUUUGAAGCAACAGACCUCCAUGGUGUGUCCAGAUCUAAGAGUAUCCCUGCACACUUUUUCCAAGAAAAAGUGAUCCAUGGUGUUUGCAUGCCUCGAGGUUAUCUUGAAUUGAUACCGAAUCCUAAGGACGACGAAGUGGAUCACAUAAGAGCAACAUGUUUUAAUAGUGACAUAGUCCUGAUGCCAGAGCUCUCAACCUUUCGUGUGUUGCCAUGGGCUGAGAGAACGGCAAGAGUGAUAUGUGACACAUUCACUGUGACCGGUGAACCUCUUCUGACUUCCCCAAGGUACAUUGCCAAGAGGCAACUGAGCCAGCUACAAGAUUCUGGCUUUUCCUUGCUCUCUGCCUUCAUCUAUGAUUUUUGCAUUUUUGCUGUGCCUGAAAUUAUCAAUUCAAAGACCAUAUCUUUUCCUGCUUCAACGUUGCUAAAUAAUCAUGACCAGCCUUUCAUCCAGGAACUCGUUGAUGGUUUGUAUCACACAGGAGCCAAUGUUGAGAGCUUUUCCUCCUCUACCAGGCCUGGUCAGAUGGAAAUCUGUUUUUUGCCCGAAUUUGGCAUCAGUGCAGCUGAUAAUGCAUUUACCCUCAGAACAGGUGUCAAAGAAGUGGCAAGGAAAUAUAACUACAUCGCCAGCUUUUUCAUUGAGACUGGAUUCUGCAAUUCAGGAAUUUUGUCUCACAGUCUCUGGGAUGUCGAUGGGAAGGAAAACAUGUUCUGCAGCAGUUCUGGGAUUGAGGAGCUCACGAUCACUGGGAAAAAAUGGUUGGCAGGACUCUUGAAGCAUUCCGCUGCUCUCAGCUGCUUGAUGGCUCCCGCUGUUAGCUGCCGAAAGCGUUAUUCUAAGGAGAGUAAAGACCUCAAGGACAGUGUGCCUACAACGUGGGGAUACAAUGAUAACAGCUGUGCUUUUAAUAUCAAGUGUCAUGGUGAGAAAGGCACCCGGAUAGAGAACAAACUGGGCUCAGCCACUGCGAAUCCUUACCUGGUGUUGGCUGCUACUGUUGCUGCAGGCUUGGAUGGACUUCAAAGCAGCGAUGGUGUCCUUGUUGGUCCAGAUGACAGCACGGACCUCUAUCAGUCAAAACCUUCCGAGAUUCCUUUGAAACUGGAAGAUGCUCUUGUGGCACUGGAGGAAGAUCAAUGCCUGAGACAGGCUCUCGGGGAAACUUUUAUUCGCUAUUUUGUUGCCAUGAAAAAAUAUGAGUUGGAAAAUGAAGAAACAGAUGCAGAGAGAAACAAAUUCUUAGAAUAUUUUAUUUAG